AUGGCUGCGAGAAAUGAGCGAGAACAACUUCUUACUGAGGCCUUGAACAACUUGGCGCAAGUUAUGGCCAAUCAGGGAGGCGAUGGAGGAGCAACUAUGUACCAUGGUUUAGAUCGCUUUCAGAGGAACAACCCGCCUACCUUAAAAGGGGGUUAUGAUCCUGAGGGUGCUAAGGCUUGGCUGAGGGAGAUUAAGAAGAUCUUUUGGGUGAUGGAAUGUCAGGACCAUCAUAAGGUGUUGUUUGCUACUCACAUGCUAGCAGAUGAGGCAGAGUAUUGGUGGGAGAACACUCUCCCACGUUUGGAGGGAGCAGGUGGUGUUGUUGUCCUAUGGGGGACCUUCAGACAAACUUUUUUGGAGAAGUAUUUUCUAGAAGAUGUGAAGAAUAGGAAGGAGAUGGAGUUCCUUUAG